AUGAACAAACGCAUUUUAAUCGGUAUCGCAGUGUUUGGUACAGCUUUGAUUAUCACACUUGCUAUAGCGCUGCCGUUGGGUCUUCGUCGAAAAUCCCCACCUAAAACUCCUGAUUUAUCUUCGAGCUCCAUCAACGCAGAUAUAAAAGACCCUAAAAUUAUGGAAAUUAAUGGCGUAAGCGUAUUUGGUGUGAAAGACUUCUCCGGAAAUCUUCAGUUGAUAUAUGCGAUCGAAACAGAUACUGCUAUUUAUACAAUCAAUCGUUACCGUAUCACUCAGAUACGAUCAAAUAAUAUUACUCUUCUAUUCAACUACAAUAGGACGAGUGAACAGUAUACAGUCAAUAUUGUUUCUGAAAAUGGUUCCUAUGAGAUCACAGCUUACUAUCAGUCACCCGCUGACUCGUAUCCACUGCCUUAA